AUGUACAUAGGGCUAGCAAAUCCCAACGAUCCGGUGUACAGGACGUCUGGUACGUCGCUAGACCGAAAAAGAAAAAAAGAACCUUCAAAAGUGGCCUUUCAAACCACCACGAGGAAUGAUCAAUCGCAAAAAGAGACUCCCUUCCACAGAUCCAUUCAAUUUCCGUACAAUCUCACGUCCACGUGUGAACGAAGAUUCCAGUACCCGAUCGGAAUGAAGGGAAUUAACAGGUUAUCCUUUCACCCGACUACCCGCAUUCCGGAGUUGUUUGAGGCUGGUGAAGAAGUUAAGGAUCGAUUGCAGUAA